GAGCUUCACGUGAUCUCAUCCAAUAUUUACGGUCGAUCAGUGCGCACGGGCACUUCAUUUGCGAUGCCUGUUAUUUUCCUGUGAAAUUGCAUUUUAACAAAGAUGUUCCACAGAAGUGUCGCCUUGGCACUUCUGCUUCUGACGUCAUGCGAAGCGUUUCGGUUUCUCGUGGUGUUCCCCAUGGCGUCGAAGAGCCACAGCAUACUAGGCCAUGGCGUAGUCAACCAUUUGCUGCAGGCUGGACAUGAGGUCGUACACGUCACUGCAUUUCCACGUGACAAGCCAGCGCCAAAACUUAAAGAGAUAGUCGUUCCUAACAUCUUCAUGGCAAUUGCUAAAGAAGAUCCAGCAGGAUUCGCAGCCUUCAAUUUGCAAAACAUAGCUAACUCGGGAAACCCCGCUGACUCAUCGUUUUUCUUCAACAUAGUGUUCAACUUCCACAAACUGUUUUUAGAAGAACCAAAGAUUGUAGAGUUUCUCAGUGAUCCACAAGAGAAGUUCGAUGCAGUAAUUAUCGAAUGGUUCUUCUCUGAUGUAAUUGCCGGUAUUGCUCCUCUAUUCCAAUGUCCGUUGAUAUGGGUGGGCCCCACGGAAGCCCACUGGCAGGUGUUGAAGCUGGUCGACGGAGUUACCAACCCGUCGUACAACGCUGACGUAUUCUCGACGAACACACCGCCUCUAACCUUCUGGCAGCGAGUCCAAGAACUUUGGACCAUGCUCAAAAAAAUUGUUACGACCAGCGUCUUUAUUACCCCCAAAGAAAAAACCUCAUACGAUUCAUUUUACCCAAAAAUAGCUGUUUUACGAGGGGUACAGAUGCCUUCAUACGACGAAGCUGUAUACAAUGGAUCAAUUCUUUUACUGAACUCGCAUCCGUCUAUUGGGACUCCGUUUAAUUUGCCCGAAAGUGCAAAAUAUGUGGGAGGAUACCACAUUGAUAGCAAAGUGUUACCUUUGCCAGAAGAUCUCCGAAAGUUGAUGGACAAUGCCAAACACGGGGUCAUAUACUUCAGCAUGGGCUCAAAUUUGAAGAGCGUCGACAUGUCAACAGCGAUGAGAGAGUCCCUAUUACAAAUGUUUGCGAAGCUCAAACAAACAGUCAUAUGGAAAUUCGAGGGCGAACUCGAUAAUGUUCCGUCAAAUAUUCAUCUCGUCAAGUGGGCACCGCAGCAGAGCAUUUUUUCUCAUCCCAACCUAAAGUUCUUCAUAACCCACGGCGGUCAGUUAUCCACCACCGAGGCGGUACACUACGGCAUGCCCGUGAUCGGGAUCCCUGUGUUGGGAGACCAGUAUGUCAACAUGAAAGCAGUAGUGCGGAAAGGAUUCGGCAUCAAGAUCCAGCUGGCCGAGGAUAUGGCCAAAGAUAUUUAUGUGGCGAUCCAGGAGAUGCUAGCGAAUCCAUCGUACAAGCAAAAGGCAAAGGAAAUAUCUCAGAUAUACCACGACCGUCCAGUCUCCCCAGGCAAGGAGCUGGUGCACUGGGUGGAGCACGUGGUGCGCACGCGCGGCGCGCCGCAUCUGCGCUCCCCCGCGCUGCUGCUGCCCUGGUACCAGAAGAUGUACUUAGAUCUCAUUGUAUUAAUUAUAUUAGCUCUUUUGAUAUUAAGAAGCUGUAUUCCGAAAAAAUCUAAACAGACCACACUGAAAAAGAAGGAAAAGAAAAAAUAUUUAGUGUUAUGUGCAGAUACGUACAAAGUGUUGGUGUUGGCUCCGACGCCGUUCAGGAGUUUGGGUGUGCUGGGUGAGGCCAUUGUGAGGCAUCUUGUUGAGGCGAAACAUGAAGUCACAUUUGUCACGGCAUUUCCAAAGGAAAAUACUAAAAACUAUCGUCAAAUCGAUGUUAGCGAUAAUGCACUUGCUCUAAGCGGUAACGAUGAUGGUGCUUCAUUCACCUUAGCCUGGGUGAUGGAAAACCCCCAGCUUAUGAACGACAUUCGCUAUCUGCAAGACGUAGCGUAUAUAAUUGCAAAUGAAACAUUCCAAAAUAAACAUUUUUUGACACUCUUACAAGAUCCCAAAGAAGAAUUCGAUGUGGUCAUCAGUGAACUAUACGAAACAGAGCUAUAUGCCGCGGCCGAGACAUUGCCUAAGGAAAAAGCUACUUACGAGAGAUUAUUGAAGCCGAUAUUCGACAACCGAGGGCUGUCUCUUCCAAGCUACGACGACGUUAUGUACAACGCUUCUCUGGUACUAGCUAAUGACUAUAAAGGAAACGGUCUGAUGCCGAGUACGCCUCAAAAUUUCCAAUUUAUUGGAGGCUACCACGUGGAAACACCUCCGAAACCGCUACCAGAAAAUAUUCAAGAAAUAUUGGACAAUGCGAAACACGGUUUCAUUUACUUCAGCAUGGGCUCCAUCUGGCAAAGCAAAGACAUACCCGUCAACAUUAUCAACGGCCUGCUGAAGGUGUUUGGCGAACUGAAAGAAACCGUGAUUUGGAAAUACGAAGAUGUGCUACCUAACUUGCCAAAAAAUGUUCACAUUCUAAAAUGGGCACCGCAGCCCAGCAUUUUGGCUCACCCCAAAUGUCUGUUUUUCAUCACGCACGGCGGCCACUUGUCUGCCAUCGAAACCGUCCAUUUUGGCGUGCCUACAAUAGGGAUACCGAUCUUUUUCGACCAGUUUAUCAACAUUAACAAGGCCGUAGCCAACGGAUACGCCACUAAAGUGGACCUCACUUACAAUCUCCACAACGACUUGAAGAUCGCUAUUAACAACAUGCUUGCAAAUUCGACGUUCAAAGAAAAAGCGAAGGAGUUGUCCCAGAUAUACCACGACCGCUUGGUUCCGCCAGGCAAGGAGCUGGUGCACUGGGUGGAGCACGUGGUGCGCACGCGCGGCGCGCCGCAUCUGCGCUCCCCCGCGCUGAUGUUGCCCUGGUACCAGAAGAUGUACUUAGAUCACGGUUGCGUCUGUGACCCCGACAUGUUUAAAGUAACAUUAUUGUUGUGUUGCCUAUCAUGUCUCGAGGCGUACAAGAUAUUGUUGCUGGCUCAUAUGCCAGUGAGGAGUCUAAAUAUUCUGGGAGAAGGCUACGUUCGGCAUCUGCUGCACGCCGGGCAUGAGGUGACCUACAUGUCGGUUUACCCGCCAAAAAACAUCCCAGAAAAGAAUUUUCGUCACAUCGACCUCAGCAGUACGCAUAUGGAUCUUAUAAGCAAGGACGAUAUACUCAACAUAGGUCACUUAAUACGGCACCCACCAGCUGAACAUGCUGACAUAGAAUACCUACAGAAUAUGGGUCUUAUAACAGCAUAUACUACAUUCCAAAAUGAGAAAGUCAAGAAACUUCUAGAAGACACAAGCGAGCAAUUUGAUGUGGUAAUCAGUGAACUUUUUGAAUCCGAAUUGUACGCAGCAUUAGGCGCUCUGUACGAUUGCCCGUUCAUCUGGGGUUACUCUAUGGGCCCGCAUUGGCUGGCCCUGCGGCUCGUCGAUGAGACCACCAACCCUGCGUACGCGAUGGACUACUUGGCGCCUGACAUCCCACCGUUCCGUAUGUGGGCACCCCGGCUAUUAAAGCUCUGGACUCAGAUCAAAUGGUUCUUUAUAAAAAUGACCAACAUUAUACGCCAGGAAAGGACUUUCUACAAACAGUACUUUGAACCAAUCUUUGCUAAAAGAAAUAAGCGUCUACCUGAAUAUGAAGAUGUAAUCUAUAACGCUUCUAUGGUAAUGUCGAACGAAUUUCCUGGAAACGGUUUGAUGCCAAGCGUACCUCAAAACUUUAAAUUUAUAGGGGGUUAUCAUAUCGAGGCACCCCCAAAACCACUACCACAAGAAAUACGUACAAUUUUGGACAACGCCAAGCACGGAUUUAUUUACUUCAGCAUGGGUUCCACUUGGAAAAGCAAGGACAUACCAAAGGAGGUCACGAAAGGUCUCCUAGAAAUGUUUGGAUCUUUAAAAGAAACUGUCAUAUGGAAGUAUGAGGAAGAUCUGCCAAAUGUUCCAAAGAACGUGCACAUUUUGAAAUGGGCACCACAAACUAGUAUAUUAGCUCACCCGAAUAUUCUCUUCUUCAUCACACACGGAGGCCUACUAUCUUCCAUUGAAUCCGUGCAUUUCGCAGUACCAGUCAUCGGUGUACCCAUAUACUUCGACCAGUUUAUCAACAUUAACAGAGGGGUGGAAAGGGGAAGCGCCCUCAGGGUGGACUUGUCAAUGAAUUUGCCUAAAGACCUGAAAGUUGCGAUUGAUACGAUGGUUAAAGAUAAAACAUUCAAGAAACGUGCAGAGGAAAUAUCCCAGAUAUACCACGACCGUCCAGUUUCCCCAGGGAAAGAGCUGGUGCACUGGGUGGAGCACGUGGUGCGCACGCGCGGCGCGCCGCAUCUGCGCUCCCCCGCUUCCCUCAUGCCUUGGUGGGAGAAAAUGUUCCUCGAUGUUAUUGUUUUCAUUAUAAUAGUCAGCAUGAUUAUUGUAUACUAUGUCAAAAAAACAAUAAAACACGUUUUUGGGUCCAAAUUCGUAAGCAAGAAAAAGAGGAAUUAA